AUGUUGUUGUGUCAUACCCAAACCAUUCCAGAACUGGAAGUUAUCGUUCCAGUUCCAAGUUCGAAUAGUUCUUUAGGCUCGAAAAAAGCCCGGUCAAACAGUUUAGAGUCGGUUGCAUCGAAUCCCAAACGUACCCGUGCUUUGAUUUAUGAAAAUACAGACAAACCCAAACUAGUUUCUUCAGUUUCAAUUAGAUCGAGUUUUUCCAUUCCUAAUCAGUUGGAUAUUUCUAUUGAUGUUGCAACUUUGAAAGAUUACAGACGUGUUGCAAAAACUUUGUUGAUGGCAUUUGAAGACGAUCCAUUUACUAAUUUCAUUCUUAAUACAACAAAGUACACCAAAUCAAAUACUUCAGAAAGUACUUAUAAGAAAAAGAAAUUAGAUUUGAUGUUAUCAUAUUUUGAAUACACUGCUUAUGAUUGUUUAUCUACUGAAGGUACUGUGUUUGUUAUCAAGGAUAAUAAUUUUGAAAAAUCAUUAUCAGAUUUUGAUAUCAAAAACUUGGAUAAAUUUCCAUUUUUAGGUGUUGCUUUAUGGAAUCAAAUAUAUGGAGCUAAAAUUAGUGAUUCAAGUUCUGGGUCAGACUCCGAUUACGAUGAUGAAGAUUAUUUCGCUCCUGAAUCAAAUUCCAUAUUUAAUAAAUCAGUGGUGAAAUUCAAUCUAAAAGCUGUUAAAGGUCGUUGUCGUUUCAAAGUUUUCAAAGAUAAAUUGCCAUAUUUAAUAAAAGUUCGUAAUGAAAUAUUAAUAAAAGAGUUGUUAUGUCGUGAAGAUGACGAUCAUCAUUUCCCUUGUGAUGUGGAUAUUUGGUACCUUGGUGAUAUUGCAACUUUACCAUCCAUGAGAGGUAAAGGUUUGGGUCGAAUUUUAAUGGAUUAUGCCAAAACCCAAUUCUUACGGGAUAAUCCAAAAAGUUAUAUGUAUUUAGAAAGUUCCAACCCUGUGAAUCGAAAAUUUUAUCUAAAAAUGGGUUAUACAUUAAUGAAAAGUUAUUCAAUUAGAGAUAAUAAGUAUGUUGACCUGGAAAAGAUAUUACACCUGGAUCCCAAAAAUAAAGCUGUGAAUAUGGAUGCAUUAUUAUAUUUCCCAUGA